AAAAAUUUAUUGGAAAAUUAUAAAUUCCGUGUUCACAAAACAAGCACCUGCAAAGACUUGUAGAAUCCCUGCUUGCCUUGGGCUAUUUCUUCUCAGGAUCAUCACAUCACGUCGUACCUGCAAACAAAUCCAUGGAUGCCAAGAUCGGGAAGUUCUUUGAGUCGGUAGGCACGUUUUUCACCGGCGGCGAUUCUAUUCCUUGGUGCGACUCGGACAUUGUUGUUGGUUGUGAGCGCGAGGUUGCUGAAGCUGAGAAAGGCUCUACUGAUGAACUCAAAAGUGAGUGCCUUCUGCGCUUAUCAUGGGCUCUUGUUCACUCAAAGCGAUCUGAAGAUGUACAACGUGGGAUAGCUAUGCUGGAAGCUUCAUUGCCUAGCACAAGUAGCCCCUUGCAAAUGAGAGAAAAGAUGUAUCUACUUGCCGUUGGGUAUUAUAGAAGUGCGGACUACUCAAGGAGCAGGCACCUAGUUGAUCGCUGCUUGGAGAUUGCACCGGAAUGGAGGCAGGCAAUAACUCUCAAGAAAUCAAUUGAAGACCGUAUAAAGAAAGAUGGAGUAAUUGGCAUAGGCAUCGCGGCCACAGCUGUUGGUCUUGUGGCUGGUGGACUUGCAGCGGCUCUGUCUCGCAAGAAGUGACCGAUAUACAUCCAUACAUGUAAUAUCAUACUGUGCAUAACAAAACUAAUAUUUCCCAAACAAACAUGUUUAUGUUGCUUGUAAACUUUGAAAACUGUUGUCUACAAGGUUUGGUUUUCUUUUUUGCUUUCUAAAA